GUUACUUUACGAGACUUCAGUCAGUCAACAACAAACUGCUAAAUCACAGUGCAAAUUUUACAGUUUCUCUUGAUAACCAUUAUAAUCACGCAAUGGAGGUUGAACAACUCCGAGGAACAGAAUAUUCCUCCAUGCAUGGACCGAAACAAGGCUACUUUAGCCCAUACUCUUUCAAUGGCGGAUCAGUGCUGGCAGUUGCUGGUGAUGAUUUCUCAGUGAUUGCCUCAGACUCUCGUCUCAGUGAGGGGUUCAGCAUACACACAAGGGACCAGCCCAAAACCUACCAACUUACCCCUACAACUGUUGUCGGAUCAUGUGGCUUUCAUGGCGAUGUGCUGACACUGAUUAAAGUUUUGAAGUCUAGGAUUAAGAUGUACCACCAUGAACACAACAAGAACAUGACAACAACUGCUACAGCGGCAAUGCUAGCUACCAUUCUGUACUACAGGCGCUUCUUCCCUUACUAUGUCUACAACAUUGUGGCAGGAAUUGAUGAUGAAGGCAAGGGCUGUGUCUUCAGUUUUGACCCUGUGGGUUCAUAUGAGAGGGAACCAUAUAGAGCUGGGGGAUCUGCAAGCUCAAUGCUCCAACCUCUCAUGGAUAAUCAGGUUGGCUUCAAGAACCAACCAGCCGAGAACCGCACCAAGUUGACGAAAGAACAGGUGAUAAAAAUAGUCCGUGAUGGUUUCAUCUCAGCUGCUGAACGCGACAUAUACACCGGGGACGAAGUUGUGAUUAACGUCGUAACAAAGGAUGGAGUGGAGGUUAUUAAGUUUCCACUGAGGAGAGACUAAUGGACUGAUUUAGUGGGAGGUUGUUUGGUUGGUGAAGUCGAAUGUUCAUGUUCACAAAGUCAACUUAUGUGUACAUAAAGUGAGCAAGACACUAUUCAUUAAACUCUUGAUACUUUAAAAGAUUCUUGACAUCUGCACAUUCCAACCUGUACGGAAUGUUCACGAUAAGUGUUAAGAUAUUGGUAAAUGUUCAUAGAUGUAAAACAAACCUCAUCAUUCAUUAUUUCCUGAUAAUGUCUUCACAAGUGCUAUACAUGUAUUCAUUUGUUCUUGCUUUCAAAUAAAAACAGUCAACAUUA